ACAGUGUUUUUUUUCACAAGAACUUGACGGUUUUGCACCCAGUCAAAUUUCCAGUUCUGCUUUGCGCAAGGAUCAGGAUUUUGACGACGUCGACGCGUGAUUAUUCUUGAGUACGACGACCACUCGUUGUGGCGGAUGCGCCGCGCUGGGGGCGUUAGGUAGAUGCAGGUAUCGUGCGACGUAGUCGUUCAGCUUUUGCUCUUUGCUGGUUUUUUCCGCCAACGUCAAUCCUUGAUAACCCUCAUAAGCAUCGAAGCAGGGGUAGUCCCUCUGCAAAUGCCAAGGUGGACCACCAGCUGCAAUACGAGCAUGUCUGCAGUGGAAGACAGUAAGGGAAAUCGAUUCAAGAAUCCUCUCUGCGGGGCCGCGUCCAAUGGCUUACGCGUAUGUGUUACCAAAACGUAGUGUUCGUCCCGCUGCCCUUUGUCCCCGUACUGGUCUUUCGUGGACUUCCAACGUAUUUUAUUAAUCUUAACGGAUGUUUCCCCUUCACUUUGGGGAGGUUUACUCGCACGCAAACCCCGAUAUUUCGAAUUCGAGCCCCAGCCCGACCCCACGAACCCGCCGCUGUUCCGGCCCCGAGGAAACGCCAACUGGAGAACUGAGAGGUGCGUUUGAGUCGCGGAGGACAGCCGCUGCUGCAGUAGAUGGAAGCAACAUCAGCGAGGCUGUCGACCGAUGAAUAUUCUGUCUCAGGAAUAAGGGGACCCUCAUGAGCAGUGCUUUGCUCGCUUUCGCGGAGAACUGAGAGAAUCCUGGCAAGCACUGGUACGGACCAGCGGCAUUCACGUGGGCCGUUCGGUCUUUCCGCGAGGAAGAGUAGCGAUGCUUUCGCGCUCUGGACACACCUCUCUCGUUUGCCGUGCUGCAGCCAAGUUGUUGAGCAUACGACUGUUUCAGAAAUUUGUGGUUGCUGUUAGCUUGUGCAUCCUAAACUGACUGUUCAGAUAGAGCCUAGUCCUGUGCGACACCGCGACCCUCGAGGGUCGCCGCGCACGGUGAUUUUUCUCUGGUGGUCUCUACGGCCCGCGUCGAUGUCAGGCACCGGCUUUGUUUGCUGGUGCAUCGCCGUCAAGUAUGAAUUUUUGGCGAUGUGCGCUAGGUUGCACGGCGGUUUUGAUCUCUGUUCACGCGACAAGCAAUCCACUGGGGUGUGUCUGACGCCACAAUUAGUCAGGCAGAGCUUCCGGGAACUUCCGGCGCAGCCGUGCGCGUUUCUUAUCCGUGGUUCGAGCUUCUGCGUUUUCGGGAACAGUCCUGGAGCGGAAAUCCCUGUGGGCUUCCGUUGGUAGCUAGAUAUACCGCCUGCCCCCCUCUGCCCUGCAGUUAGAGACGUGCAGCGUUUUCGCGGUUGAUUUCUUUCGCUUUUCUUCCAAAAUCGCUUGAACAACGAAAACCCAUGCCUCCUCCUGUUGUCUCUCCGGAAACGAACGAGGAGAAUAUCCGUUCCAGGCCUGCGCUGGAGCUGGGUGAUGUCUCCUGCUGGCUUCCUCUGAAUCUGACGGACUCUGUCGCGCUGUGGCGUUCCUACGUUUUCCUUUUUUCUUUUCACGUGCAAGAAGAGUCCUUGUGUUCAUUCCCCUUCUGGGAAGUCGUUACGGACCCGAAUGCCGUGACUUUCGUUUCCUUCUCACGGAACCGGAUCCCGUAAAAGCAUUGAGGAAUCGGUUGCAUCGCUCAAAGAGCUCUCUCUGACACGUGCUUCUUCCCGGAAGCGACACAGUUCCUCGCGGCUCCUUUCUUCUACUGUGAUUCCGACAUAUCCCACGCGGUUUACCUCGAACUCAACGAAAUUGUGCUAGGCGGAGUUCGGAAUUCAUGCCAUUCGUCUUCCGUUUUCAGUUUUUGUGGAAUUGGGACAGUUGUUGUGCCUUUCCCGACGCGUGCAAGCCCACUUGCUGCGUAUGCGAGACCCCUUCGUGAAUUUUUGCUCAGAUCCCCUUUCGUUCAGUCAAAAAUUGCAGCGUCUUUACUCUGCGGGCGCUUCUCUGUGUAUUUUUAACCCAAAUUUAAGGAAUUUCCCGAGCGACCACGUGGUUCCACUGGCGCCUCGCUACAUGCCCGAGCAAUCAGAGGUCAUGGGAGGGCGGAUUUCUCGGCAGCGCGGCGGAGCCCAGAGCCAAGCUCCUGACCCCCGCCACCCGAACUCUAGCUCUACGAGCGGGGUAGCUCGUUUAGGCCAGUCGGCGUCCCCGGCGGACCGGAAAGUCUCUUCUCGCCACCCCCAUGUCGCUGGACAACCUCACAUGAGCUCCCGCCUGCAGGCGCCCACCCCGUCUCAGCGGGGGACGUCCCCGGCGAGCUCGGAGGCAGGGGACCAGCGCUCGAGCUCUUCCGGACGAACGUCUGCAGGCCGAUCCAGAGGCGCUGGGCUCUUCUCUAGCACCUCCACCCAGAAGAGCAAGCCGUCGCAGAGCGCCAAAAGCACUUCGGCAACCGCCACACUCUCGCCUCAGCCAUACACGCCGACCCCCGAGUCCCACAGAGGCGGGACUGGGGCUUCUCCGGUCACGGGCAGGUCCCCGGCCUCGGGGAUUGGGAAGCGCUGCGUGCCCAGCCCCGGUGCCGGCGCCGCGGCCGCGAGGGAUGAGGCUCACUCGCGCCACGUCAUUCGACACCCGAGCGACAGCCGCCAAGUCGCCGAGGCGCCAAUCUCGCGGGACAAGGAAGGCGGAAUCGACCGCUCCAAGUUCAUUCUGGAGAACACUGGUGCAUUGACCGACUUCUAUGAAAUUGACACUGCGACGCUCGGCCAGGGAACCUACGGCUCGGUCUCGAAGGCUCGCAAGAAGGACACUGGACAAAUGCGCGCCGUGAAAACCAUCAGCAAGAGCCAGGUCAAAAACUUGGAACGCUUCAGACAGGAAAUCGCCAUCAUGAAGGAGCUCGAUCACCCGAAUGUCAUCAAGCUCUUUGAGACGUUUGAGGACCACCGAAAUAUAUACCUCGUUAUGGAGCUGUGCACCGGCGGCGAGUUGUUCGAUCGAAUUAUCUCGGAGGGUCGCCUGACAGAGAAGCAGGCUGCCGUUUUGAUGAAGCAGAUGUUCUCUGCGGUCCAUUACUUGCACUCGAAUAACAUUAUGCACAGGGACUUGAAACCGGAGAACUUCCUUUUCCUCGACUCGGCCCGCGACUCUCCUCUGAAGAUCAUCGACUUCGGUCUUUCCUGUCGCUUCAAAAAGGGAGAAUUCGUUUCCACCAAGGCAGGAACCCCGUACUACGUGGCGCCUCAAGUUCUGCAGGGGAAGUACGACUUCCGAUGCGAUGCUUGGUCCUUGGGAGUUAUUCUGUACAUUCUGCUUUGCGGGUACCCGCCUUUUUAUGGAGAGACAGACGCCGAGGUUCUCGCAAAAGUGAAGACCGGAGUCUUCUCGUUCAGCGGGCCUGAGUGGAAACGUGUCAGUGAGGAGGCCAGGGAGCUCAUUCGCCACCUCAUUAACAUCAACCCGCAGGAGCGAUACACUGCCGAGCAAGCCCUCCAGCAUCCGUGGGUGACGACACUUGCUCGCAACAGCCAGAACGUUGCUCUGCCUACCACUCUGAUGUCAAAUUUGAAGGCAUUCAGAGCGCAAAACAAGUUGAAGAAGGCCGCGUUAACCGUCAUUGCGCAGCAUAUGUCAGAGAAGGAAAUCGACCACCUUCGACAAAUCUUCAUGACUCUCGAUGUCGAUAACAGCGGAACGUUGUCAGUUCAAGAAGUUCGCGAGGGACUGAAGCGUCUUGGGUGGACGGAGAUUCCCGCCGAUUUGCAAGCCAUCAUCGAAGAGGUGGAUUCAGACAAGUCUGGGCAUAUCGAUUACACUGAAUUUAUUGCUGCCACGAUGGACAAGAAGCUGUACAUGAAGGAGGAUGUCUGUUGGGCUGCUUUCCGCGUCUUCGAUCUGGACGGCAACGGGAAGAUCUCGCAAGACGAGUUGAAGAAAGUCUUGGGAAUGCCCGAUGUUGAAACCGCCGUCGGUCGAGCCACGAUCGACGCUCUCCUCACCGAAGUGGAUCUUAAUGGAGACGGCGAGAUUGACUUCGACGAGUUUAUGUACAUGAUGAGGAAGAAGGACCCCACGGAGAAACGCUUCGACAUGUCGACGAGAAAGACCGUCAACGCCGCAGCUGUUGCAUCCCCGGAGACCCGCCGGGCCGUGGUUCAGCGGCCUACCCUGGGCAGUGGGCCGCCGCAUGCGUGUGACUCUCCCAGCCCGAGAGUCUCGGAGCGAGGGACGCCCACCGAGACACACAAACUCGAGUCCGCAGGUGCUGCCCCCAGUUAAACCAGGAACGUGGAGCUUUUCAGCGCGAGCGGGCUGGGUUUGAAGAAAACGGAAGAACGGCCUGACAAAGAAACCGUGACGCAAAGGCGUUGAAGCCUUGUAUGCGACGGUGAUGGAUGUGUGUAAAUGAUGGCGGUGGAACUGUACACGCUAACCCUGAAAUUGGAAGAGACAAAGUGCAAGGAGUGUUACCCAAACGCCCAUCUUUCCUGUGGCAAUUGGGGGGCCUUCGCGUCGCGCUCGUCGGAGACAGGAGGCGAGGGGCCUGCGCGAGUCGCUCAGAAGCCUUUGAAAGGGAUGCAGGGCGCCGUAAUUUCCUUUGAGUCGGAAGUUUUUUCGAGGAGGUGCGAAGGCGAAAGGACGGUCGUUCCCAGCUUUAGGAUUUUAUGCAGUUGAAUACGAGUCACAACCUCUGCCGGCUUCUAGCAAAGUCUGAAUCGCGAGGAGAUUGGUAUAUGCGAAAUCGUGGCUCCGGGGGUGUGUGAUUCAUAAACCGCGGAACGUUUACGCCUCGGGCAAAGGUCGGGGCUGUCGUCAGGUUCAAGCCCUGCGCCUGCGUGGUCUACGCGUGCCUUGAAUUCUGUCGGAGAGUUUUUGCUGUUCCAGUUGUUUUCGAUCGCGUGCUUCGAAUUCGGGUCGCUAGGACUUCUCUGCAAAAGAGGAGACACGAGCAUCCGGGUCCAUAAUAGAUUGUCGGUUUCUACGUGGAGUUGGAGUCUGCGGGCGACGGGUCGCGAGGUUUCUUUGUGGAGACGCGCUGGGCAGAACAGCGGCUGUCUCAUUCUUGUCCUCAUGCUUGCUUAAGCAUAUACGCCUGUCUUUGUAGAUAGAGGUGAAUGCGUGUGGAGUCGAACAUGAAGGCGGCGACGUUGGUGGCAACACAGCGAGGAGAGGGGAGAAAGGUAGAGGCGAAAUGCGGCUUGAGACAGAGGACGAUCGAGAGAAGCAGGUAUCUUGAGAGGCGCAGCGGAUGAGCAAAACGACUCAAGAGAGGACACAGGAGAAGCAAAAGGGCGAAGGAGAGGGCAGAGUCCUGACGGCGCAGACACGCGAACGGAUUUGUGAUCAAUUUGAGGCUUCAGGUCUCUUUGGCCGAGCGCGUGAACAGGAGUCACCGCUGACCGCGAGAGGAGACAGCGGAAGCCAGAGAUGUGCUCGUGUCUAUGUUUAUUGUUCGAUCUUGCCUUCGUUUUUUCAUAGAGGUUUUUGAGCGUCGCUCUGCCGCUGCUCUCCAGCGUUUUUGCUGCCAACGGAAAACCUGUAAAUCUUUACUGGGGGGGACUUCUGCAGAGAGGCCUCCGCAUUCGAAGCUUGCACGCGGUCUCUUCUGCGAGGAUUCCUCAUCCGUUAUUCGUCGUAUAUGGGUAUACACGUGCAUUCCUUCGCUCCCUCGCGAUUAUAAAUUUUUUGGUCUCCAGGUGGCCACUCAUGAGCGCGCUGUCUCGGUUCCGUCCUGUCCAUCUAACCUGGAAACUGUUGACAUUUGUUCCCCACUCCCACCUCAGCUCUGACGGGGCACACAUCUUGCCCACUUUCACACAUUCACGUAUCUUUCCUUUCUCCCUCACCGGAUACGUUUUUGUGUUCCCCCGUUCGUAUUUUUGUUGUACAGAGCUCGUGUGCAAUGGUUUCUGAGUGUUCCCAGUCGGCCUCGUGCGCGCUGUUUCCUCAUGCCCCUCUCGGACUUUGCAAGUGCAAUUCGUUCUCCCCAAUCGUUUUUACGGAAUCCCCUUGUGGGUCACAUGGGGCUAAAACAGUGGCCGCACCCGACAAACCGAAGAGUCUCCGCCUGGGUGGUUCCUCUCGCAAGGAGAGCCGCCCACCGGCGGAAGACCCUCCUGUGCUGGCCUGCCUUUCGACUAUCUGGGGCGAACGGAAGCUCUCUAGGUUUACUCAAAGUGCUGACUUUUCUAGAACAAAUCAGGUGACAAAUCCCCCCGGAACAGACCGGAAAUGCCUACAGAUGACCUACAAGAAAUCCC